AUGGAUUCUGACUGUUGUGGCACACCGGCCCCGGCUCUCGAGCCUCCUCCUGCGCCAGCCGCAACCGAGAAGGCGGGCGCCUGUCAGGGUGGCUGCUGCGGAGGGCAGAGUGUUGAGACUCGCGACGCCGAGCCGCCAAUCCAGAAAGAACCCGACGAAGAGAAGAUUGAGGCUGAUUGCUGCAGCGCCGGAAAAUGUGCCGAUGACGUGGCCGAGGAAGAUCCCGACGCGCCUGAGUGCUGCCGCGGCAAAUCCAACCCAUGCUGCGACACGUCUUGCCUCGACCGGCUGGCUCUGCGCGAGUGCGGUAUGAGUGCUGCGACAAGCUCUGAUUCCACCGCCUGUUGUAACACUGCUGAGGGCGAGGCUUGCAGCGAGCACACUCUCUCAGCAUUGGACCGCUAUGGCGCGACGCUGCGGGCUCUGGGGUGCCUCUGCCGGACCCUGAUUGCUCUUGGACAGGAAACCUGCUGCGAAAUACGCGAGCGACACUCACUCGACGGCAACCAGCUCACCAAGAAAUCGUCUGCCGGCUCCAUUCGCACUUCGUUGGAUUCUGGCCACACUAGUGGCUCCGUUACGAAGAAUCAAGCUGCAGAAAAUCGCCUUCGCUUCCGAAAAGGCUUCAAAGAAAGCGUUCAGCCCGCCAAGGAGUCCCCCGCAGAGGAUGCCUGUGGUGGCUCCUGUUGCUCGAAGGAGAAGCCUACCCGUGCCCCUUCGCUUGGGAGCAAAGGUCCGAUGGCCUGCUGCUCUGAGGGCAAGGGCAGAGGAUCUCCACUAGAUAGUAGCGAUGGAGAUAGCUGCUGUGCAAAGCCUGAUAUCUUACAUUCGGGGGCCCAAGCCGCAUCUGGAGGGCUCUGUUGCACGGACAAACAGGCUGCCAAUGUAGGCCCGAAGGACGGCGAGACUGCCUGUUCCCGCUCUUGCUGCUCCGUUGCAAUGCCUGAUAAGCAGGCUGUUUCCCAGUCUGAAGGCCGGGGAAGUUGCUCUGAGACUAUUUCUCCUGUUAAGACUAACUGUGUUGACUCUUGCUGUGCUUCCACAGAGCCGAUUAAGCAAGCGGUUUCCCCUUCUGAACGCCCGGGCUGCUGCUCGGACACAACGUCUGUUGGAAAAUCAUCUCUUAAAAUUGGCUGCUCCGGCUCUUGCUGCCCCGGAGACAAGGGGAUCGAAGUAAAUGACACCAAGCGCCCAUCCGUUGACUCUUGCUGCGCUGGUAAACCAUCGGCCCGCCGCCCAGGGUCUUGCGCCGAUGCUUGCUGCUCUUCUUCUAUCCCUGAUGCCCGUCUAGGUAUUGAAAAGGGCCCAAUUGAGGCUGUAAGCGACAUUGAGAAUCAAGGCGCUGGAAACGAGCGUGUGGUUUUGAGCAUUUCGGGCAUGACUUGCACCGGAUGCGAGACAAAACUGAACCGAACCCUCGCUACCGUUCCCGCCGUAAAGAACCUGAAAACCAGCCUGGUUCUCUCUCGAGCUGAGUUCCACCUUGACCUUCGACUUGGAUCUGUUGAAGAAGUCAUGAAACAUCUGGAACGAACGACAGAAUUCAAGUGCGAAAGGAUUCAGAGCCAGGGAUCCAGUCUUGAUUUCAUUAUUUCGAAUGAUCAAUUUCAAUCGAUUAGCAACGAAAAGUGGCCGGAUGGUGUGAUCGACAUUGCGCUUGUUGGUAAAGAGGCUGCACGUGUCACAUUUGACCCGAAGAUAGUUGGAGCUCGUGAUCUUGGCGAGAAGAUUUGGCAGUUGCCAACUCCGUUGGCUCCUCUACGUGCCGACCCGUCGCUAGAAGCUGGGAGCAAGCAUGUCCGACAUGUUGGGUACAUGACACUUCUCUCUGCCGUGUUGACCAUUCCCGUGUUGGUUAUGGCGUGGGCCCCUCUCCCCGAAAACGAAGUCGCAUAUUCCUCAGCUUCGAUGGCACUGGCGACUAUUGUUCAAUUCUUCAUCGCGGGACCUUUUUACCCCAAGGCUCUUAAGGCUCUGAUCUUCUCCAAGGUUAUAGAGAUGGACCUCCUGAUAGUCCUUAGUACCAGCGCUGCCUACAUCUUCUCCGUGGUCUCCUUCGGAUAUCUGAUUGCCGGAAGCCCUCUCUCAACAGGCCAGUUCUUUGAAACGAGCACUCUACUAGUCACGCUGAUCAUGGUUGGCCGAUGGGUCGCUGCUCUGGCUCGCCAAAGAGCUGUCGAGUCUAUUUCUGUCCGAUCACUUCAGCCAUCGAAAGCCAUUCUCGUGGACGAAGAAAACGGCACUGAACUUGAAAUUGACGCCCGGCUUCUUCAGUAUGGCGACAUUUUCAAGGUUCUGCCGGACACCAGGAUCCCCACUGACGGCACCGUCAUCAGGGGUUCAUCCGAGGUUGACGAGUCGAUGCUCACAGGCGAAUCGAGGCCAGUCGAGAAGUUUCCGAAAUCAGGAGUUAUCGCAGGUUCUAUCAAUGGAUCUGGAGUUCUGAUUGUUCGGCUGGGCCACUUGCCUAGCGACAACACUAUCAACACGAUUGCUGCAAUGGUCGACGAGGCUAAACUAUCCAAGCCCAAGCUGCAAGAUCUUGCAGACAAGGUAGCAUCCUACUUCGUCCCAGUGGUCGUGGCUUUGAAUAUCAUUACUUUCGUCAUCUGGGUUGCGGUGGGCAUGACAAUUCGCGGGUAUAAUGGCUCUGAGGCAACGAUUGAGGCAAUAACUUACGCGAUUACUGUCCUCAUCGUGUCAUGUCCUUGCGCUAUUGGACUGGCUGUUCCCAUGGUCAUUGUUAUUGCAAGUGGUGUCGCGGCGGAGAGGGGCGUCGUGUUCAAGUCUGCAGAUGCUAUUGAAGUCGCCCACAAGACGUCGCAUGUUGUGUUUGACAAGACGGGGACUUUGACCCGAGGAAAGCUCUCUGUUGUUGAAACUCAUUGUGACAGCCAGGACAAACUCCCACUCCUUCUGGGUCUCAUCGAAAAUAGCCGACAUCCAGUCUCGGUUGCUGUAACUACUCAUCUAAGCGACGCAGGAAUCAUCGCCGAGCCUAUCGCCGACCCCAAGAGCGUUACAGGCAAGGGUGUCGAGAGCACUCUUCAGGGCCAAAAACUUCAGGCAGGAAAUUCUCAUUGGCUCAAAUUUUCCGAUGAUGAGCAUGUUGGAUCGAUGCUUGCUCGUGGGUAUACUGUUUUCUGCUUUGCCAUUGACGGCGUGUUGGUCGCAGCCUAUGGUCUGGAAGAUGAACUGCGGUCUGAUGCUGCGGAAACACUCGAGGCCCUCGACAAGGGUGGUAUAGCAGUGCAUUUAGUUUCUGGUGAUGAUGAUGGCGCUGUCCAGAAUUUAGCGACCAAGCUCGGAAUUCCUGCCCAUAAUGUUCGCUCCCGCAGCUCGCCUGCCGACAAGAGAGACUACAUCCAGGAGCUUCUUGAAGCCAAUGUGGGUGGGAAGAAGCCCAUCGUAGUGUUCUGUGGCGAUGGCACAAACGACGCUGUUGCUUUAGCACAGGCUACAAUUGGUGUUCACAUGAAUGAGGGCACAGACAUUGCGCAAUCUGCGGCAGACGUAGUCCUCAUGCGACCCGCCCUUUCUGGCAUCCUCGUCAUGAUCAACGCCAGCCGGAAGUCCGUCAACCGCAUCAAGUUCAAUUUCGGAUGGAGCUUUGUGUACAACACCUUCGCCGUCCUUCUGGCUGCCGGGGCUUUUGUCAAUGCGAGGAUCCCACCAGAAUUUGCGGGACUUGGAGAGUUGGUCAGCGUCUUGCCUGUCAUUGCUGCCGCUGUUCUUCUCCGCUGGUCUACCAUCUAA